AUGGUCUGUGAGAUCUUUAACGUCACAUCCCAAGACAUCACUCAACUCAAGAAGAACAUUUCUGAGGAGGUGACGACUCUAGAGAUUCUUGCGGCCCACGUAUGGAAAGCAAGGUGCCUAGCCUUAAAGCUGAGUCCAGACGGGACUACGCUUUUCGGAAUGGCCGUAGGUAUACGCAGAAUUGUAGAGCCACCGUUAAAAGAAGGCUACUAUGGAAACGCAUUUGUCAAAGCCAACGUUGCUACGAAGGCCGGAGAGCUAAGCAACUCACCGUUGUCUUGUGUGGUUAAACUCAUCAAAGAGGCCAAGAGAGCCGCGAUGGAUAAAAAGUACGUGCGUGAGCAGCUAAGAGAGAUAGAGAGAAGCUUGAAGGUUAAGACAAUGUGUGGAGGAGGUAACGGAGCGUUCAUGCUUCUCACUGAUUGGAGACAAAUGGGAUUGUUAGACGAAGUUGAUUUUGGAUAUGGAGGAUCGGUGAAUAUAGUACCAUUGGUGCCCAAGUAUCUGCCUGAUAUUUGUAUUUUCUUGCCGAGGAAGCACGGUGGGGUUAGAGUGCUCGUAACGCUGCCUAGAGCUGCAAUGGAUAACUUCAAGGAACACAUGAAUCCCCUAAGCUUUUAA